AUGGGUUCCAGUAGUUCAUGUUCGACAGAACGUCGUAAUUUGACAGCAGAAGACAUUGUGAGGGAAUGUGGUGAAGAUAGUAAUGUUAAGCAUUCACAUAUUCUUGUAACAGGUGCAACCUCUGGCAUUGGUAUUGAAACUGCUCGAGUAUUAGCACUCGCAGGUGCAAAGGUGUAUUUAAUGGGUAGAAGUGAAACAAAACUCCAAGAAGUUCUCGACAAUAUAAAUAAAGAGUUACAAGAAAAAUCAUCGACUGGUUCUGCACAAGGUGUUAUUUGUGAUUUGAACAGUUUAGCAAACAUCAAAGAAUUUGCCAAGAAGUUUACAAAAGAUCAAUCACCGUUAAAUAUUUUAAUACUCAAUGCUGGAAUUUGUAAUCCUAGUUUUGCCAAAACAGUAGACGGAAUUGAACAAGUUAUGGGUGUUAAUCAUAUUGGUCAUGCAUAUUUAACUCAACUAUUAAUGCCUACUCUUAUAGCUAAUUCACCGUCUAGAAUUGUUGUACUAUCAUCAGAAUAUCACAAGGGUCCACCUAUAAACUAUGAAGCUUUAGAUCGCAUGAACAGUACAGCAAAAGAUGCGAAGAAAGGUUGGGGUAUUGGUAGCAGUUAUCAACAGAGCAAAUUAGCCAAUUUACUUUUUGCUCGUGCACUUGCAUCAAGAUAUAACAAUAAAAAGAUUACAGCAUAUUCACUACAUCCUGGUGCUAUUGAUACUAACUUAGCUUCACGUAUUCCAUUAGCCGGCGUUAUUAGCUUAAUGUACAGGAAAAAAACGCCUUCACAAGGUGCAGCUACAACAGUAUUUUGUGCACUGAAACCUGGUUUAGAAAAUGAAACUGGAAAAUAUUUUGAUAAUUCUACUGUUACGGAUUUAGCAGCAAAAUGGACAAAUGAUGAUGUUAAUAGACUUUGGGAAUGGACGGAAAAGGUUAUCAGUGAACGCACUGCUAAUCUAUAA